UUUCACAGCAGCAGAGGUGUUUGCCUGAACAUGUUUACACAGCAGCGGACAGUGCUUCUGUGUUAAUCCAUUGAGAAGUCUCUGUACUUUAUAAAAAGACAUUAUUUACUGUGAACAUGACGGACAUUGUAUCAAGAAUAAGAAACAGCGUGGGACCAAAACAGAAGACUGCUGUUAGCCAGCGCGACCUGAACAAGUUUGGUUUAAGAGGGAUCCAGCUGAGGUCCUACCAGCUGGAUGGGGUGCAGUGGUUGACCCAGUGUCUGAAGAACCAGCAGGGAUGUAUUUUAGGAGAUGAGAUGGGUCUGGGGAAAACCUGUCAGACCAUUUCUCUGCUGGUGUACAUGUCAGGAGCUCUGAGUCAGAAAGGCCCGUUCUUGGUGCUGAGUCCACUCUCUGUCAUGGAUAACUGGAGGAAGGAGCUGGAGUGCUUCGCCCCGUCUCUGACUGUGCUGUGUUACAAAGGAGACAAAGAAACUCGAGCUGAGAUUCAGAAAGAAGCAGACACAAACGACUUCCAUGUUCUUCUUACCACAUAUGAGCUGUGUCUCAAAGACGCUUCAUUCCUGAGACGGUGGAAGUGGAAGGUGCUGGUUGUAGAUGAAGCUCACAGACUGAAGAAUCAGAACUCAAUGUUGCACAAAACAUUAACACAGUUCUCGGUUGGAUUCAGAGUACUUUUGACGGGGACCCCGAUCCAGAACAACCUGCAGGAGCUCUACUCCCUGCUGAGCUUCAUUCAGCCAGUCAUCUUCUCAGCUGAGGAGGCUGAAGACUUUGUCAACACUUACUCCAAUGUGAAGAAUCAGCCUGUUCUCGCUGCUGAGCUUCAGAGCGUCCUGGAGCCUUUCCUGCUCCGUAGAGUGAAAUCAGAAGUCGCUGUAGAUAUACCAAAGAAGACAGAGCUGGUGGUUUAUCACGGCAUGUCGUCUCUGCAAAAGAAGUACUACAAAGCCAUUCUGAUGAAGGAUCUUGAGGCUUUUGGAAAUCAGGGCAACAAGAACCGACUGCUGAACAUCCUUAUGAACCUGAGGAAGUGUGUGGACCACCCCUACCUGUUUGACGGAGUGGAGCCAGAACCUUUUGAGAUGGGGGAACAUCUUGUUGAAGCGAGUGGGAAACUCUGUCUUCUGGACAGCAUUCUGAUGUUCCUCCAUAAAGGAGGCCAUCGGGUGCUGCUGUUCUCUCAGAUGACGAGAAUGUUGGACAUACUGCAGGAUUACAUGGAGUAUCGAGACUACAGCUAUGAGCGACUGGAUGGAUCUGUCCGAGGGGAGGAAAGAAAUCUGGCAGUGAAAAACUUCAGCAGCAAAGAUGUCUUCGUCUUUCUACUCAGCACUAAAGCAGGUGGUGUGGGUUUGAACCUGACAGCUGCCGACACUGUUAUCUUUAUCGACAGCGACUUCAACCCUCAGAACGACCUGCAGGCUGCUGCACGCUGCCACCGCAUAGGACAGAACAGGCCUGUGAAAGUGAUCCGCCUGCUGGCUAGAGACACGGUGGAGGAGAUCAUGUACUCUCGGGCUGUUUCCAAGCUCCACCUCACAAACACAGUGAUUGAAGAAGGACGCUUCUCUCUGCUGGACCAGGCUCAGUCAGCUGCUGCAGGGCUGCAGCUGAGCGAGAUCUUGAAGUUCGGGGUGGAUAAGCUUCUGUCCUCUGAUGAGAGUUCAGUGCAGGAUGUGAAACUGGAGAAGAUCCUGGGUCCAUCGCGUGAUGGUCAGUGGGUCGAUGAUGAUGAUGAAGAAGUCAACUCUCUCAGAGAAGAAGAGGAGGAAGAAGAGAAUGACUCUGAAUCUGAUGGGCAGAAUCAUAUGUACUACUUCGAGGGCAAAGACUACAGCAAGGACCCGAGCUCUGAGGACCAGAAGAGCUUUGAGCGUUUGUUGGAGGAGCAGCUGACUGAGUUUCAGAAAGCUGAAGGAGAGGGACGAGCUCUGAGGCACAAAGCCGGAGUUGCACUGUCGGCAGCUCUUGGGAUCCCUACGAGGAAGAGGAAACCUCUCACUGAGGCCGAGCUGGAGCUGCGACGCAGGAAAAGGGAGGAGGCCAAAGCUAAGAGAGCCAAACUGGAGGAGGAGGCAAAGAAGAAGCAGCAGGAGCAGAAACACAAGAAAAAAAUGGCAUGGUGGGAGUCAUGUGGCUACAGAUCACGCUGCCUGCCAUCUGUAGACAGUGGAGAUGACGAAGAGGAAGAAGAAGAUGAGGAGGAAGAGGAUGAUGUCACUGACACUGACACCAAGGCCAUCCAGUACGUUCUGGGAGAUGUCACUCAUCCCCACACGGCUGAGGGAAAUGCCAUCAUCGUCCACUGUGUUGAUGACUCAGGCCGGUGGGGAAGAGGAGGUCUGUUCACAGCUCUGGAGGUGAGAUCAGACGAACCAAAAAAGCAGUAUGAGAUCGCUGGCAAGAUGAAGGAUUUGGAGCUUGGAAACGUGCUGCUCUUCCCUAUAGAUGACAAACAGUCAAGACCAGGUGGCCAGGAUCAGUUGGCCCUGAUUGUGGCACAGCAGAGAGACCGAGCCAACAACCUGUCUGGGGUCCUGCUGACUGCUCUAGAUGAAGGGCUGAAGAAGAUUUACUCUGCAGCAAAAAUACAUAAAGCGAGCGUUCACCUUCCUCGUAUUGGCCACUCCACCAAAGGUUUCAACUGGUACGGCACAGAGAGGCUCAUCAGGAAACACCUGGCUGCCAGAGGUGUCUCCACAUUCAUAUAUUAUCACAGCAGAGCAGCAAAGAAAACUUCUGUGCCUCAGACCUCGGCUGCAGCUGCCCCAUCGUCUCCUGAACCACAGGACCACGAGUCUAAAUGUUCGACUGACGAGACGGACGCGGAAACCUCUGGACCCUCAGCCUCUGCUGCUCAGAGUACCAGCACCACAUGCCUGCCGGACUUCAUGAGGGGGGUCCGGGUGUUUUUCUACAACCUGGCUGCUUCAGAGAGGAAGAGGCUUGCUCGAUACCUCAUCACAUAUGACGGGGAUGAAGAGGAGGUCAUGAGUCCGGAGGUCACUCACAUAGUAGCAGAGGUUGAGAGCAGCAUCCACCAGCAGGAGCUCCAGGAUCUGGUGAGUCAGUACUCUCAGGCUGUCCCGGUGCAGAAAAUCUGGCUGGAGUCCUGCUUCUCCAAACAACACAAAGUCAACACUGACCCUUUCCUACAUCGACUCAGAUAACACAGGCUUCCAUUGUUUUAAAUGUUUUAAAAAGCUUUAAUGUAAAACUUGAAUGUAACCGGCGAGAAAUGCACUAUAUGUUAAACAUGUUUAAAGUUUGGCUUUUUAAUGCUAAAUUAUAGAUUAAUGGAUGUUUCUCCCUCUGCUGUUGCUGUGUUGACGGUUUCAAGAGUAAACUGUGGUGGAAAAUAACUAAUAACAAACUCGUGUUCUGUUUUUGAGUUUUUGAAAAUCGGAUUUUAAGGAAAAGUCCAGUUCUGAGAAAAAAGUCAUAAUUAUUAACCUUGCAAAGCAGAUGGAUACGUUUCUGUGUUUCUCACUGAUGAACCCAUCUUGCAAAGCUCUCGUCAGCGACGAGGGGCAGUACU